AGGCAGACCGUCGGUCCGGCUGAUUAGAAUCGAGACGAGCACUGGCAGGCUCGAUGGCUAUAAACUAAUUGCCGCCGACAUCGGAACACCUCACUAGCAAACGAGCGCUCAAGUCGAGCGGACACGCGCAGCAGCUCAGUUCCCGGGGUUCGACUGCUGAGAUUGUUCGUCGGAUCGGUGGUGUGUAUGUGUGAAAGUGCUACCUGCGCUGAGUACCAAAAAAGAAAGAGAAAUUAAAGACAGUUUGGAGACAAGCCACCAAAAUUGUGACAAGGAAGUGAGCUACACUGGGCUACUAAGGUAGUACUCCGAGAUCGCGCACAGUGUCUAAGAAGUGAUCAUCGACCGCAAUUCCAACUCGGUUAAGGUGUCAGCGAUCCUCGGAACCGUCGAGCCUCAAAUGCGUACCAGUGAUUGAUCAUCGUGUGUGUGUGAGUGUACCUCGAUGGCGCUGUCCUUCGUACGGUACUAGAGUAUCCUUGAGAAGUGUCUGUUUUUCGCCACGCUUCAGCGCGCCCCAUCGUGUGCCGAAUCGUGGAGUUGCAAUCAGACAAAACAACCGCAACUAACCGCUGCCGAUCGUGCCUCGACCGUGAUAGUAUAAUUUAGACCCGGCCAGUGAACGUGGACGGUGGAUCUGUUGGUGCAUUAAUUUCUUACCAAGAAGACGAAACAAAAAAACCAACACGAAUGCCCUUCUCCAUAGCGAAUGUGGUGCUUAGUGGUAAAAAUUGUACAUUUUAAUUGUGUCCCGGUGGACACACACAUACACACAGAGAGAGGCACCCGUAGUUCGCUCGACCGCUUAACGACCCUGCCGCGUACAGAAGGGUAGGAGAAUUGAUUUUCCAACCAGCAAACAGUGUCACCACAAUGUCCGGUGCGGAUAAUCCUGGCUUCGUAGCGUCCGAUGAUGCUGGGCUGCCGGUUGCAGACCAGCCACAGAAUGGCAUCAAACCACCGCCGGUAGCGUUGGACAAGCUCGAGAAACCACCGGCCGUUGAGCGUGAAAAAUGGGACAAGGGCGUAGAGUUCCUGAUGUCCUGCAUUGCACUGUCGGUCGGGCUCGGCAACGUGUGGAAGUUUCCGUCGACCGCGUUCCGUAACGGUGGUGGUGCGUUCGUUAUCCCGUACCUGAUUGUGCUGCUCGUGGUGGGACGUCCCAUCUACUACCUGGAGAUGGUGAUGGGCCAGUUCUCGAGCCGUGGCAGCGUCAAGGUGUACGAUGUGUCGCCCAUCAUGCGAGGUAUCGGUAUCGCACAGAUGGUAUCGAUUUGUGUGGUGAUCGUGUACUACGCGGCAACGAUUGCCACCGCCAUCCGUUUCUUCAUCGCCUCCUUUGAAAGCCCGCUACCGUGGGCCAGCUGCAACGUUGGCUGGACCGGCAUCAACUGUGUCAACUCCUCCAACACCGGACCAACACCGGCCUUUAACAACUCGCUGCCGAUAAAGACUUCCGCCGAGCUGUACUACACACACUCCGUCACCGGUGAAGGACUGCUCGUCGAGGGUGAGUUCGGUGUGCCCGACUGGAAGUUGACGCUCUGUCUGCUGUUCAUCUGGGUCGCGAUGACGAUCAUGAUGGUGAAGGGCAUCCGUGGCUCGGGCAAGGUUGCCUACUUUCUGGCCCUCUUCCCGUACGUCGUGCUGAUCUCGUUCGCGAUUUAUGCCUUCACGCUUGACGGUGCCGGCGACGGGUUGAAGUACUUCAUCACGCCCGACUGGGAUCAGCUGCUAAAUGCGGACGUCUGGAAGGAAGCCGUCUCGCAGUGCUUUUUCUCACUGUCGAUCUGCUUCGGCGGUGUGAUUGCCUUCUCCUCGUACAACAACUUCAGCAACAACAUCUACCGGGAUGCGAUGAUCAUUUCAUGGUUGGACACGUUCACGUCCCUGCUCUCCGGUGCGCUAGUGUUUUCAAUCAUUGGACAUUUGGGACAUUUGACAAAUGAAACGGACUACACGAAGGUGGUGAAACCGGGCAGUGGGCUGACGUUCAUUACGUAUCCCGAUGCGCUGGCAAAGUUUGAGCACGUUCCCAACCUGUUUGCACUGCUCUUCUUCUUCAUGCUGCUAACACUCGGCGUUGGAAGUUGUACCGGGCUGAUUAACAGUGUUAUGACGGCUCUGCAGGACAGCUCGCCGCGUCUGAAGUCCUGGAAAACGGUCGUCAUAAUUGGAGUGCUAGGGUUCGCCCUGGGAUUGCUCUUCGUCACACCGUCCGGAUCGAAGAUGUUGGACUACUUUGACUACUACGGUGUGCAGUUUGUGACGCUAACGUCGGCCAUCUUCGAGCUGUUUGCAUUCUGCUGGCUGUACGGAAUUCGGAAACUCACGCGAGACAUUCAGUUCAUGCUGAACCGGCGGACCGGAUUCCUGUGGCGAUUCUGCUGGAAGUUGCUGACGCCAGUGAUGCUGAUCGUGGUGCUUAUUAUUGGGCUGGUAAAGAGCCAACGGCCGCAGGGUAUUGACGAUGUAUAUCAUGUACUUGGCUGGUGUAUCUACGUAGGUGCACUGGUACCCAUCCCGGUGUGGGCCUGGUUUGCCAUCCGCAAACGCAACGAAACCACCCUCAAGAAGCGCAUCAUUGCCGCCAGCAAACCGCUCUCCGACUGGGGUCCGGAAAGUUUGGAAGUGCGCAAACGAUACCUAGAGUUCUGCAGCAACUAUCAGCCACUGGAGUCGCGCUGGGCCCGGUUACGGCGAGCAUUGCACAAAAAUGACAAAACCUAUCGCGUGUCCGUUUAAGGCGACCGGACCUGGUCUACACUUACUUAUACCAUCACGGAAGCGUGCGUGAAGCUCCAGUAGCGUCAGUAUUAUACCAGGAACCUGCGUCACUGUUCUCUUCCGUUCCGACAGCUGAUCCGACAUCUUACUUCCACUCCCACCGACUCGCACCGAUCGGCUGCUGGGGAGAGAUUCCAUUCUAAAAACCCUCAGUUCCGUUCAACGGCUGUACCUUCUAAUUCAAGCAAACCGCUGUUGGAACGUUGUUUUAGGUGCCAAUGACGUUCACAUUCUACUAUUGUUCUCACCAUUCUCGUGCCUAGCCUGGUAAUUAACCGUAUCGUGGAGCGCAAUGCCCCUCGGUGGGGAGAAUCAAGAUGCUCUAAUACCUCAAGGAGAUCAAGGCAGAAGGGACAGCGGACGGAACGGUUGAAAGGAAAAGUUGAGCUUCGCCACAGUGAAAAGCUGGGGUCUCCCGCAGAGUUUUUGGUAGCUUGUGAUAGUAUUUUAAAUGACUUUUUAUUGUGCCACUGGACAAAGUAUAUACGAAACAAAGCAGUUUGCUGCUCCUUAGUGUUUAGUGUUUAUGACAGAUUGAAAAUAAAUUAUAAUUAGUAUCUAACCGU